AAGAAAAAAAAUGGAAAAACAAUUGCAGAGAGAGAGAGAGAGAGAGCACCCAUCCAUCUCCCCGGAGGCGAAACCCUAACCCACCCAACCCAUCGCCGCCGGCGAAAACCCUAAUCCAUCCGCCGCCGAACCGAAGUACACGGUGCCCUCUGCUCCCUCCCACGCUCGAUCCACUACCCGCUGCUGUUGACGGGAAUGCGGUUUCCCUGACGAAAUCGCGGUUCGGCUUCUUGGUUCUUGCAGAUGGGGAGACCUCGAGGCCGCGGCGGAGGAGGAGGAGGAGGGAGGGGGAGGUUCGGCGGCGGCGGGGGGUCCCGCUUCUCCGCCGCCCGCGAUGACCCGCCGCCGCGGCGCUCCUCCUCCGGGUGGGGGGUGGCACCGCCGUCGCGGCACCUGUGGGUGGGCAGCCUCUCCCCGGGCGUCGCCGCGGCCGACCUCUCGGAGCUCUUCCUCCGGUGCGGCGACGUCGAGGGCAUCUCCCGUGACCCCGGCCGGAGCUUCGCGUUCGUGACGUUCGCGCGGGAGGAGGACGCCGUGGCGGCGGUGCGGGAGCUGCAGGGGAUCCACCUCCGCGGGGCGCCCAUUAGGAUCGAGUUUUCCAAGGGGGAUAAAGGUUCAAGUAGCUCUAUGGAUGACAGAUACUCACAACAUGCUGAUCAAAGACGUUUUACUGAACGAGGAAGGAAUCAGCAAUCAAGUCCUGAAAAAUCAACUGAUAAAUCCAAAAGAAGCAGGCCAGCAGAACCUAGUGAAGUAUUAUGGAUAGGUUUUCCUGUUGGUCUGAAGGUAGAUGAGGCAACUCUCUGGGAAGCCUUUUCACCUUUUGGUGAGGUUGUCAAGAUAACUACAUUCCCAGGGCGUACUUAUGCAUUUGUCCAGUACACUACUAUUGCAGCGGCAUGCAGGGCGAAGGAAACACUGCAGGGAAAUAUUUUCAAUAACCCUCGAGUUAGCAUUUGCUUUUCUCGGAGUGACAGUGUUUCAGCAGAAUUUGGAAAAGGUUCCUUAGAUGCCCCAUAUUCCCCCCAUUUAAACUCUAGUGUUAGACCUAUAUUCAGGGAGCAAGAUUUUGAAGAUUUUCCUAGGGCUAGGCCUUUUGAUAGUCCUCCAAGAGAUAUGUACAUGCCAUCUCCACAUUAUGGCCCUAAGAGACUUUCUAGAGAUCAUGAUGAUGUGGGUUUCAGCAGGGAUAAUUAUUUGCGAUAUGGACCUGGAGUAGAGCCUGAUCCUAGAUCUAAUUUUGAACCUUUUAGGAUACAAGGGCUCGGUCCAGAAAGAAGGAUGUCUGAGGACCCAUAUGAACAGCAUAGGCGUAGCCCUGCUGGUGAUGCACCAUGGCACAACAUUCCAUUCGAGCGAUCUCAGGGAGCCUUACCAUUAGAGGAUUCUCGGUAUGCUAGGGAAGAUCCAUACCCAUUUUCAAAGAAGUUGAGGACUGGUGAAGCACAUGACUCUGAACUUCCUGAAUACCCUUUCUCUGAAUUUGAUCGAGGGAAGGUUGGCUCUGCCUACCCAAGGAGGCCCUUCUAUGGUGUGCCAGAUGAUGACAUACACCCCAGAGGCUAUCAACUUGCUCCUAUGCAUGGUAGAAAUCAUGUUGAUCCUUUAAGGAAUCCAACUCCACUUGUAGAUAGGCAUAUACCAGGGCAUGCACAGGACAGCUUUUCUAGGCAUGUAGAAGUGGAAAGAUCAACUCCUGAAUACCAUGAACCCCUUCUCAAGGAAGAAUGGAAAUGGGAUGGUACAAUAGCAAAGGGAGGCACACCAAUUUGCCGAGCGCGAUGCUUCCCUGUUGGGAAGGUUCUUAACUUCAUGCUGCCCGAAUUUUUGGAUUGCACUGCUAGGACAAGCCUGGAGAUGCUCUCUAAGCACUAUUACCAAGCUGCCAGCAGCUGGGUGGUGUUUUUUGUUCCAGAAAAUGAUGCUGACAUGGCAGCCUAUAAUGAAUUCAUGAAUUACCUUGGUGAUAAGCAGCGUGCAGCAGUUUGUAAACUUGGAGAAAGGAGCAGCUUAUUUCUUGUUCCACCCUCAGACUUCUCUGAACAAGUACUGAGGGUUCCAGGUAAAGUCAGCAUAUCUGGAGUCAUUCUGAAGUUUGAGCAGUCAGAUCCAGAAGUUUCCUCGCCAACUCGCAAACCAGAAACAUUUGUGAGUCAUUUGAACCAUGAUGUUCGUGCUCAUGAGGAUCUAGAUGCAUUGAGAAGAAUCAACCCACCAGAUAUCAGGCCACUUCCUCAGGGUUCAGAUUAUCUCGGGUUGUCGCCUGGAAGCUAUAAUCCAGCAAGUGCACAUUUGGUUCCGCCUUACAAGUUUGGAAAUGCUCCUUCAUAUCUAGAAUCUGAAUUAGCUCAUCAAAAGCAUCCACCUGACUCCCACAGGGAGAUAGCACAUGACAAGCAGCAGCAACACCCAGAUGUAUUGCCCUCAAGAUGGUCAGAUAACAUUUACAAUCCAAGUCCAGGUUCUGGAAAUUUGAAUUAUUUGGCUGAGAGUGCGAUCCCACAUACAUCAACUGAUAGGACACCAGAGGCAUACUCAUUUGCUCCUCAAGGAGUACCAAAAGUGAGUACAUCAGGGUAUGCACCAGUUGCAGAUGAGGCAUCAAACAUGUCCUACCCUCCCAUGCAACCUGCAUCACAGCAGGUAGUUAGACCUCAACAACCUCCAUCUCUCCCAUUAUCGCUUCCACCAGAGCAACUUGCACAAUUGGCCACUCUUCUUGCACAACAAAACCAACCAGGAAAAGAGCCUGUGGACAGCUUAAACAAAGAAUCAGGAUUCAUACGGAAUCCACAUGGACAUUCUUCAAUGAUGCCACACAGCUCAGGUUCUAUCCCUGUCCAAAACUCAUUGCCACCUGCUCCGCCAUCUGCAUCACAGUUACAGGUUCAUGCGCCACCAGUUCAAGGUUCAGUGCCACCAAAUCCAUCCAUUAUGCAUACACCGAAUGCUCCUAUGCCUUCUCACAACACUUUGCCUUUACCCCCUAUGCAUCCUUCGGGAAAUCCAGCUCAUUCUUCCAUGCCUUUGAGAUCGUUCGUCCCUCCUCUUCCUGAAGGCCCUCCACCCCUUAGGCAGCACACAUCAAGUGCUCUACAAGCGCAACCUGCACUUCCCUCUGGACCACAGACUAGCCAGCAACCGUCUGCUCAGGAAGACCAUCACGGAGACCCUCAAAAGCGCCUUCAAGCAACAUUGCAAUUGGCAGCAACCCUACUUCAGCAGAUACAGCAACAAUCUAAACCUGGUGGCCAGAAGUAGAUGCGAGGUUAAGGAAAUUUGCAGCCUGCAAGGAUCAUAUGGUGAUAUUUUCUCCUUAUUACUGAAGAGCCUGAGAGUCUGAAACUGCUGGUGGGCACCCAUACCUAUACCGGAUGUUUUGUUAACAUAGGUUCUGCUAUGAAUUAGCAUUGCAGUUUAAUUUUGAAAGCUUACUCCUAGGUGGCAACCACCUCCGUUGUCUUGUCUGUAUAAGAUUGCACCGUUCAUCUUUUCUCUCUGUUUUUGUGUUAAUCAAUGCAUAGACCCAUGAAUACCACUUCCCUUUUUGCAUUCAUACAUCAUGCAUUCGUC